AUGCUAUGUUUGCAUUUCCAAUUCCUGGAUAGUUUCCCAAGAAAAACUAUGCGUCUUGAAAAGGUCGUUACAGUAGCAGCAAAAUAUAAAGGCAGUUUCAAUGUCCCAAGAUGUAUCAGUAACGAGAGCGUCCUACGAAAUUUGCUAUUUAUUAGGAAAACAUAUGAAGCCAUUUACUGACGCUGAGAUUGUAAAGAAAUGCUCUAUAAAUGCUUCAAAUAUUCUAUUUGAGAAGUUCAGCAAUAAAACUCAGAUAAUAUCACAAAUCAGACAACUACAACUCUCAGAUUCCACGUGCGUCAGGCGAAUUGAAGAUAUUUCGAAACAUAUUUUUAAUCAUAUCAUCGACGACUUGAAGAAUUGUAAAUAUUGGAGUUUAGCAUUUGAUUCAAACACUGAUAUUUCAUCAACUUCACAAUGUUCCCUUUUUGUACGGUACUGUACUGAGGAUUAUGGAAUUCGUAAAGAUUUUCUCAAAUUUCAUCCGAUGAAAGGUCAUACCAAAGGAAGUGAUUACAUUAAUGUUAUUUGUACGUUUUUGGAAAAAAUAGCAUUGACGUUAAAAAGUUGGUAUGUGUAUGCACAGAUGGAUGUCCGUCUAUGA